AGAGAGACAGAGAGAUACCCAUUACCUAAUCUACCAUCUCGAAUUCCAUGGCUCGCCUACUCCCCCUCCUCUUCCUCUUCGUCUUUGCCACAACCUUAGCCGUCUGCGAGGAGGAUGCCCUGAUCCGGCAGGUAGUGAACGGCACCGCUGCCUCCGACGAUGUUGGGAACGAUCUCAUCCUCAAUGCGGAGGCUUACUUCUCCAGGUUUCUCCGAACCUUCGGGAAGAGCUACUCCAACUCCGAAGAGCACGCGCAUCGAUUCAAGGUCUUUAAGGCGAAUCUUAGGCGUGCGAUGAGGCACCAGAAGCUCGACCCUUCGGCUGUUCACGGAAUAACCAAGUUCUCGGAUCUCACGCCGGCGGAGUUCCGCCGGAAGUAUCUUGGGGUCAGGCCAAGCCGCCGCUUACUUGGAAGCAUACACGAGGCUCCGAUUUUGCCAACGAAUAAUCUCCCUACUGAUUUUGACUGGAGGGAUCAAGGCGCUGUUACUGGUGUAAAGGAUCAGGGGUCUUGUGGUUCUUGCUGGUCGUUUAGUGCGGCAGCUGCUGUGGAAGGGGCGAAUUUUCUGGCAACGGGGAAUUUAGUUACCCUUAGCGAGCAGCAGAUGGUUGAUUGCGACCAUAUGUGCGAUGAGUCAGAAUCUGAUUCAUGUGAUUCAGGAUGCAAUGGUGGGUUGAUGACAACUGCAUUUGAAUAUUUGCUAAAGUCAGGUGGACUUGAGACGGAGAAAGACUACCCAUAUUCUGGGACUGAUCGUGCGGGCUGCAAAUUUGACAAAGCCAAAAUUGCAGCAUCUGUUUCUAACUACAGUGUCGUCUCUGUUGAUGAAGAUCAAAUUGCUGCAAAUCUUGUUAGCCAUGGCCCUCUUGCAGUGGCUAUCAAUGCUGUCUUUAUGCAAACAUAUAUCCACGGCGUUUCAUGCCCCUACAUAUGCAGUAAGAGUCAAGAUCAUGGUGUUCUUCUUGUGGGCUAUGGAUCUGCAGGUUAUGCUCCAAUUCGCUUCAAGGAGAAGCCAUACUGGAUCAUUAAGAACUCUUGGGGUGAGAACUGGGGCGAUCACGGCUACUAUAAAAUCUGCAAAGGUCACAACAUUUGCGGUGUAGAAUCCAUGGUCUCAACUGUCACUGCCAUUGACACGUUUCAUAGAUCUUAGAUUCUCUUAAUACAGAAACAACAGUCUUCUUGUGUGUAUAACAAAGUAAUGCCUAUAUCCUGCUGUCUAAAUACACUUAUAUAGCUUUGGUUGUCUGUAAUAUACGUCUGUAAGUUGAUGGAUCUGCAAAUGGCAGAUUAGCUGCCGCUGCAGUAAGUUUAUAUUGUAGCUACUUAAUAUUUAUAGAUGCUUGAAAUUAAUUUCAUUCCUGGGUAUUUCACUUGAUUUA